AUGGCAACACCAGCAAGCUCGGUAGGCUCUAGGGCCACGACUGGAAGCUCCGCUUCUGGUCCCACGAGCAACCAGGCCACAGUACUGGCCGCACAGGCCAGCGAGAUCCAACAGCUCAAGGAGCAGAUGGCGGAACUCAUAGGCCAACUCCAGGUUCAGGCAGCCGGGGCGGUCGCCACGAACAUAGCUCCAAAGAUGCAGUUCAAAGUACCCGAACUAUUUGACGGGGACAAGGAAAAACUCAAACCUUUCCUCACAAAUAUGGACCUAUACUACAGGUACAACAAACAGAUACUGGCCACGGAUUAA